AUGCUAGCGAGACGCCAUAGUGCGCGCAGCUUACGAGACGCCUUAGUGUGCGCGCAGCCUACGAGACGCCUUAGUUCGCGCAGCUCCCACGGCGACGAGAAAGCGAGCAGGUUGCCUGGCGCACCGCAGGAAGAAGAGCGUGCUGCUGCGGUGUCUUCGCAGCAUAUGCAGAUAGCUGCGUCGGCGCGGGUAGUGCUCGCGUGCCCCAGAGGCUCCGGCAAUCGAUUGCGCUUAACAGGCGGGUAG